UCUCUCUCUCUCAGUGCAACCUCCAGUCCCCCACACGCAAAUCGUGCCGCUCAAGAGUUGGCACCAACCUGACACAUCCAUGGAGCUCCGUUUUCGCCGUCAGCGUGAUUGCGCAAUAUUACAUUUUAAAAUGAUAUAGGAGGGGGGACACCGAUACCAUCAAAAGCAAAAAAAAAAGACAGAUAGCUGGCGUAUUUACGCCGACUGCGUCCCCACCUUUUCCGUGAUAAAACUUUUCCUACCCUGCUGUUGGUUCUGCCCAAAAUCGUUCGCUUUUUCUUCCCUUCCCAUUUUUUCUCUGCAAAGAUUUUUUUAUUUAUUAUUGCGCACUGGUAUCUAGAAUGGAUGGGGCAGUCGCCGGCAGAAUGUGCCCUGCUAUUCGAGCUCAGAGUCGGCCGCAGCAAGUGAUGCUGACCCAGAAGAAGAUCAAAGCGCGGAGGAAAAAGCGAAAGGAGUUGCUUCUGGUCCAGAUGUGCUUCAUGGGAUUUUUGCUGUUGGUCGUGUCGGGGCUUUCCUUGCUGGCUGAAAAUUCAGGUUAUGACACAUCCAGCCGCCCCGCCGAUGAGAAGGACGGGUGGAGCGGGCGGCGCCUCCUGCAGGAGCUCGAGAGCAACGACACCGAGGAGAGAGCGGUCUCCAAGAACUGCACUGAGCCAGCCCUGCACGAGUUCCCCACGGACCUCUUCUCCCACAAGGAGCGAACGGAGGGAGCGGUGGCACUGCACGUGCUCUGUGCCGUGUACAUGUUUUGUGCUCUGGCGCUGGUCUGUGAUGACUACUUCGUUCCCUCCAUGGAGAAGAUCUGUGAGCGCCUGCACCUGAGCGAGGACGUGGCGGGGGCCACCUUCAUGGCGGCCGGCAGCUCCGCUCCUGAACUCUUCACCUCCAUCAUCGGAGUGUUCAUCACCAAGGGCGACGUGGGGGUGGGCACGAUCGUCGGCUCCGCCGUCUUCAACAUCCUCUGCAUCAUCGGGGUCUGCGGCCUCUUCGCGGGCCAGGCUGUUCGGCUCUCCCAUUGGAUGUUGCUAAGAGACUCGGCCUUCUACACGCUCUCCGUGGCCGCUCUCAUCGCGUUCAUCCACGAUGAAAAAGUCUCCUGGUGGGAGUCCCUCGUCUUGGUCCUGAUGUACCUGGUUUACAUAUUAAUCAUGAACUUCAAUUCGCGGUUGCGGCGCUUCGUCGACCGGCGGAAGAAGAGCUCCGUGAACUUGGCCAACGGUACGACCGGCGGCGCGGACGUCGACGACGGCGGCGCCUGCGACGCCACCGUGGUGCUGCUGAAGAAAGCCACGUUCCACCGCAAGCCGUCGGUGCUGAUGGUGGACGAGCUGCUCUCGGCCUACCCGCACCAGCUGUCCUUCUCCGAGGCCGGGAUGCGCAUCAUGAUCACCAGCCACUUCUCCCCUCGAACCCGGCUCACCAUGGCCUCCCGCAUGCUCAUCACCGAGAGGCAGCGGCUGAUCAGCAGCAGGUCCUUCAGUAACGGCGACUCCGAGGUGACGGUUCGGGUCCCGGGGAGGCGGGGCGUGGAGAACGGGCUGGGCGGGGCCGAGAGGGGUCUGAACGGACACCGCGGCGGGACGGGCGAAGACGACAGAGGAGGAGGAGGAGGGGGAGGGGGAGGAAGAGGGGGAGGAGGGGGAGGGGUGGAGGCCGGGAACGAGACGGAGAACGAGGACAACGAAAAUAACGAGGAGGGGGAGGAGGAGGAAGAGGAGGAGGAAGAUGACAGCGAAGGGCCGCUCCUACCCUUCCACGUCCCAGCCGGGGCCUGUAACAGGCUGAAGUGGCUGCUGGUGUGGCCGCUGUGCCUGCUGCUGUUCUGCACGGUGCCCAACUGCGCCAGCCCGCGCUGGGAGCGCUGGUUCAUGGUCACCUUCGUCAACUCCACCCUCUGGAUCGCCGGCUUCUCCUACAUCAUGGUCUGGAUGGUGACCGUGAUUGGCUACACGCUGGGCAUCCCUGACGUCAUCAUGGGCAUCACGUUUCUGGCAGCGGGCACCAGCGUUCCCGACUGCAUGGCCAGUCUCAUCGUGGCACGACAAGGUCUAGGAGACAUGGCCGUCUCCAACUCCAUCGGCAGCAACGUGUUUGACAUCCUGAUCGGGCUGGGCCUCCCCUGGGCCCUGCAGACCCUGGCCAUCGACUACGGCUCUUAUAUACACCUGAACAGCAGAGGAUUGGUGUUCUCUGUGGGUCUGCUGCUGGCCUCCGUGUUCCUCACAGUUCUGGGCGUUCACCUGAAUAAGUGGGUGCUGGACCGGCGGCUGGGCAUCGUCUGCCUGCUGAUGUACGGCGUCUUCCUCUGCUUCUCCAUCCUCAUCGAGUUCAACGUGUUCACCUUCGUCAACCUGCCCACCUGCCGCGAGAUCCUCUGACACGUCGCACGGAACGAAGGCGUCGGCUUGUGCGGGGUU